CUUUAAUUUACAAUUAUUGAGUUUUUUUUAUUGUUAGCUAAGAAACAAACUAAAAUUAAAAUGGAAAGUGUUGUUGAUGAUUCGGGUGUACGUUUUUCUCCGAGGGAAACAAAAAAUUUAAGCUCCAAAGGCAAACGAAGAUUAAAACAAAAUGCAGUUCCUUCAUGUAAUUUACCUUCUACAGACAAGACACCAAGAUUAAUCACCAACAAAAAUACUGACAGAGAGACAAGAAGAUUACGAAGAGAUAAGAGUAGGAAUGAAGUAUUGCCAGCUAGUCAGCUUAGUUGUCAAGAUCAGGAUGUGUUAGAUACUAAUAACUUAGAUACUAAUAAUUUGACAGAGGAACCGGAUGACCAAGGAGAAAGUAGUUCCAUCAGUUUAGUUCAAGAUACACCUCUGCUUACAGAAAAUGACCAAAUUUUGGCUACAAAACGCCUGGUUGAUAUUGGUGUUCAGAUUAAAAGCGGGGAUUUAAUCACAGAUUUUUGUGAUAUUUUAAAAACUGAAAAAGAGCUCAACACACUAACUGGUAUUAUUAAUUUUGAUAUCUUAAAAACUAUUAUUGACGUGGUAAAGGAUGGCUUUCCUAAAUAUAGAUUUGAAACGAUGAACCUUCGAAGUAAAAUAAUAAUGACAUUCAUAAAAUUGAAGCAUAAUUUAUCAUAUGCAAUCUUGGCAGUUUUGUUUAAGUAUUCAUCUUUAUCACAGUGUCGAAGAGUAGUCCUUACGAUAAUCGAUAUGCUUUAUGUUUGUUUGAAAGAAGGCAUUCCUUUUCCGGAUGAAGAUGAAAUUUCUAAGAAUCUCCCAGUAUGUUUUGAUGAUUUUAGAAAUGUGAGAAUCGUUCUAGAUUGCACUGAAAUAUUUAUCCAAAGACCAAAAAAUCUAUGCUGUCAACAAGCAAGUUAUUCUCGGUACAAAAGUACUUACACAAUAAAAUUUAUGACUGGAGUAACUCCUGGAGGAAUAAUAUCAUUUAUUAGUGAAAUGUACGGAGGAAGAGUUUCAGAUGAUGCGAUAUUUGAACAAUCCAAAAUAUUAAAUUAUCUAGAAAAAGGUGAAGCAAUAAUGGUUGAUAAAGGGUUUCGAGUUGAUAAAUUAUGCAAGGAAAAAGAUAUUAAGCUUAUAAGGCCUCCAUUUAAGAAAGAGCAGCUUCAAUUUACCAGAGAAGAAUUACGAUUGAACGCUGAAAUAGCGAGAGCUCGUGUACACGUGGAACGUUCUAAUCAACGACUCAAAGUCUUUAAAGUUUUAGGUUCGCGAAUGCCAAUUGGUUUAGUGAAGAAAGGCAAAGAAAUUUUAACAAUAAUUGGUACAGUUGUCAAUUUAAGCUCUCCGAUUUUGAAAGAUGAUAAAUUUUUGUCUGAAAAGGAAUAA